UGCAGGUCGAGCUCCUGUAUGGAAGAGAGCUCCCUGUUUCUACAGAUUCUACGCUAUUUCCGCAACUGUGCCGUCGUUGAGUCGAUAUACGUUGCAUGUUAACAGUCUAUCCCCGCGUCUCUCGAUCUCUACGCCCCACCCAGUGACUGUGAAGAGUUACUUUUCUCUCCUAUUUAUUUUUUAUAUUUUUCCCGUCACAUGGGCAUUUAGGGUUCAAUGUGAGCUGUCGACUCCACACGGGCUCUUCCUUUUUAUCAAUAUGGACGUUUAACAGAGUGGAAACGCAGAGGGACUCCGCAUCUUUCUCUCUCCAUCUCCUCCUCUGCUGUGAAGCUUCGCAAGAUCAUGCAACACCUUAAACCAUGGCAAGCUCUGCUCCUUUUGACGGUGCUGUAUCAACCAGGGACCUGUGAUAAAUACGGUUGCCUGUUUGAGCGAAAACUGUGCACUAGGGAUCAGUUCUGCUCAGAUGAUGGGUUGUUUGGUCAGUGUCGAACCUCUAAGCAGGACCAGGUCCAGUACCAGGUGUCAGUUCCUGUUCUGAAGAGGAUGCAAGAAGUUCUAAAACAGCUCAUGCUAGAAGGGCUGUCAUGGCAGGAUGACAUCACCCAAUAUAUUUUGUCAAAGGAGCUGAAAAGAGUUCCUCAUACCACACUUCCCUCAAAGCCAAACACCUCAUCCUUGUCUCAGUCCAAACAGCCCUCCUCCCACCACCAAAGUUCAAAAUCAGCGUCUGCUUCUCCUAGUGGCAAAUAUGUGGACUACAUGAUUGUUGAGCCGCCUCAGUCCCCACUGCGCAUCCAAACAGCAUCUAUGGACCCAUACGCGUACCUCCAGCAUAGGUACCAAGACGAAGUAGAGAGAUCUCUCAUGGGUUCAGCAGGUGCUUAUGCCCGCCCUUCUUUGAGGUCCCAGACCAACCAGAGAGAGCGUGAUCGUGACAGGCAGCUGCUGCUGGAAGCUCUGUCUCUUUACCUGGCAUCUGCACAGCCGUCUUACCGCCACAGAGGAGCUCCUUCCGUGGUUCCUGCAGGAAUUGAUAAAUAA